AUGGCAGCAUCAUGUCGUCUACCUUUAGAAGGCCCAAACAUGUUGUACUGUACCAUCUAUGAAUCCCCAACAGUUGUAAUACAGCAUAACGUUUAUGGAGAUUUUAACAGGAGCUGGGUUGAUUAUAAAGAAGGAUUUGGCAAUGUGGAUGGAGAUUACUGGAUGGGUAACGAUGCAAUCCAUAAUAUGACGUCACAAACUAGCUAUAAAAUGAGAAUCGACUUGAAAAAGUUUGAUGGUGAUACAGCAUUCGCCGAGUAUGAUUCAUUCUGGAUUGAAGACGAAGCCCAUAACUACGUCUUGCAUUUGGGGAGCUAUUUUGGAACAGCUGGCAGCAUGGCGUAUACAAUAUUUCACCGCUUGUGCAUAUGCAGUCUUAUCUUGAUGAGUAAAAUUUGGAUUGGAACCGCAAGCGAAAUCUCCGGGGAGUCAAUAAGUAUUUCACCAAAGAAAGUUAUAUAUGCUCUGAAUUCACUCUUAUGUGUGUUUGCAUGUGAUGACGCUGAAGACAUGUGUAAGUCAGUACGAUACCAUUUCAUGGAACAACGGUGCGAUAUGUACAAUGUUACAGCCGAAAAUAUUCCACUGUCAACAUAUACAUCAAGGAAAAGUUGGAUUGACAUUGAUAAGUUACAAGGGGGCAUAAAAGACGAAGCAAAAAAUCCAUGUGCCAACGAUCUCUGUAACAACAAUGGAUGGUGUGUUGCGCUUUCACGAGAAACGUACAGUUGCACUUGCCGAUUCGGUGGCGGAUUUACCGGGAAAAAUUGUGAGAUUCCUGUAACAUCUAUCAUCAACAUUUGGAGCACAUGGGGACAUUGGAGCGACUGCAGCACUACCAUUGGCAUUGGGUACCAGGAAAGAAAAAGGCACUACAUUCUGAAACACGAAGGUUUAACAUUAGAAGAGAGUUCAGAUCUUGGGCACCCAGUUGAAUUUAAGAAAUGUUACUUUAACGAGACGAAAGAAUUUACGACAAUUAUAGCAGUACCAAGGUUACAUGGAAACGGAGGGAUGAGUGGUAAUGGCACUUUACAGUUAUUCAUCGAAUGGUUUGGUGGAUGGAUUGGUGUAAAUGGCUUGGCUUGGAAUUUUAAUGAUGCCAACAUCGCAUGUAAACAUCUUGGAUUUCCUGGUGCCAUUUCAGGGUGGGCAACUAAUGUCAUCACCUCCCAAAAUGAAGCUGCAUGUUCAGUGAAGUGUAACGGCACAGAAUUGUCUCUUGACCAAUGUGAAAUCACCUUGACAUCUCGCAUUCAUGACGUGUAUGCCGGUGUCACAUGUUUCAGUCAGGAUGAAUGGGGUUCAUGGACCUCUUGGACUCAACAUUGCUCCAAUGAAAGGCGUACACGACCAUGUCUUGGUGGCAAUAACUGCUCUGGAACAUCUGAAGAGUAUCGAUUAGUUCAUCCCUUAGUAAAGAACGAACCUGGUAUUGUAAUACAGCGUAAUGUUUAUGGAGAUUUCAACAGGAGCUGGGACGAUUUUAAAAGAGGAUUUGGCAAUAUCAAUGGAGAUUACUGGAUGGGCAACGAUGCAAUCCAUAAUUUGACGUCACAAGCUAGCUACAAAAUGAGAAUCGACUUGGAAAAGUUUGAUGGUGAUACAGCAUUCGCCGAGUAUGAUUCAUUCUGGAUUGAAGACGAAGUCCAUAACUACGUCUUGCAUUUGGGGAGCUAUUCUGGAACAGCUGGUAACGCAAUCAUUAAUCACGCUGGUCAAGCUUUCACGACAAUUGACAGAGACAAUGAUGGAUCUCCAGAUUGGAAUUGUGCCAAAUUUAGAUUUGGUGGAUGGUGGUAUAAACGUAGCGAUAUCCUGCUUAAGCGAUCAGGUGUAUUUGUAACUGUAGAUCUUUGCAAAUUAGACUUGGAUGCCAAACGUGCUCUGAAGGACGUUAUGAACUCUGCUUAUAAGAAUGCUGGCCAAGGCCAUUAUGAGAUACAUACUGAUAAAAAGGCAGUUAGAGAUGCCGCGUUAUUUUGCAUGGAUCAGGACAUGAUGCUGGUAGAUCUAGCGAAUGAAACGGUUCUUAGUGCCUUGCAAGACGCGAUGUCAGCGCUUGGGCUACUUGGAGAAUUAUUAAUGGUAGGUGAGCGGAUGGUAAAAAACGAUGUCGUCACCUUGUCUGGUGAGAUACGAACAUAUCGUCCAUUUUCAAGUGGGGAACCAAGUGGAGACGGCGACUGCUUAUUUUUAUGGCAAAGUGUGACUGCGCUUAACGAUAUGUCAUGUACAAUUCCAACAGUGUUCGCAUGUGAACCACAAGAUGCUGCAAUGAAGCAAAUGAUCAAAACAUUGGAUACCCUCGACUUGAACACAGUCAAGGCCAGUUUCGAUUCAGCCGUAUCUGCGUGCACGAACAAAGGCAUGAACCUUGUCAAAGAUACUAGCAUCUACACACACAUGAGCCUGAAGAAUUUCUUGAUGUUUGAAAACUUUGAAUCAUACGAUGGGUGGAUCGACUUACGUAAUGUUGACGGGAAUUGGGUGCACAGUGACGGACAAACGGGAAGCUACCAAUGUUGGUCACUAUAUAACCCGGAUGGAUCAGGACAAUGCGCUCAUUUGUGGAACGCAGUGAGACAAGAAUGGGACGAUACAGAAUGUAGUUAUGUAGUUGAAUACAUAUGUCAAGGAGAUCCAUGUGAUGAACCCCCACUGACAGAAAGCGUCAUCAAGAUAGGUUAUGCGCCAUACAGUUAUCUGGAUAACGUGACGUUGGAGUGUAACUAUGGAUACUACAAUAUGACUGGAAAGGACACAGCUAUGUGUCAAGGAAAACAUGAACAAUGGACUGAAUUACCAAUAUGUGCUCCUGAUACAUGUGAUUCGCCUGUGAUACCUCCUUCUAGUUACAUAGUGGAAAAUAUCACUCUGCCCUUAAAGCAUGGAGACACUAUCACUAUUGGGUGUGACGACGGUUUCUAUCUAGUGGGCCAAGAUUCAUCAACAUGUGCUUACGGAAAUUGGGUGCCAAAUAAUAUGGAAUGCUACAUUUAUACUUGCGAUGCGCCAACAGCACCAAAUAAUAGUCAAUCGUUGGGAAGUUAUGACAUAUUUUUGCACCAGGAUGUGAUAUAUUUUGAAUGUAAUGAUGGGUACUAUUUAUCUGGAGAGAAUUCUUCAACAUGUGCGUAUGGUGAAUGGGUACCGAGCGAGUUGGAAACUUGUUCAAUUUACACAUGUGACAGACCACCAACACCAGAUAAUGGCUUUUUGGUGGAGGACAACAAUAAGCAAGACUUUGAACAUUUGGAUGUUGUACACUUUGAAUGCUUCGAGGAUUACUACUUAGCAGGCAAUGACUCGGUGUUAUGUAAAUACGGAAAGUGGGCAAUCGAAUACAUGGGACAGUGCUUGUUGGAUAUCAGCUCACAAAGUAUUGCCAUAGAGGAAAAUUAUCUGCAAGCUGGUGAAAUGUACAUGUUAGGAGUAUCAGGGGCAAUCCAACAGAACGGCAAGCAUAAUAUGACUAUGUUUACAUUGUUAGUGAAUGAAUUGCCUAGUGGUGGCAGUUGCAGCAUUCAACCAACAUCGGGUUUUGUAUUGCAAACUGGUUUUGUUGUCACGUGCAUCGACUGGAAAGACGAAGGAAAUGCUUCAAGCAUGGAGGGCGUGUCUGACCCUGCACCAGGCACCAACUCUCCUGGUUUGAUAGUCGACAUACGAAUGCGGGAUAAAGGUUCUGUGGUGCAACCUGAACUUGUUUAUUCUAGUCAGCAAACUGAAAGUCCGCCAUUGUAUCUGCGCAGCGGAAAGGCCGAAGCCAAUUAUGAAGUAGACGUAGUUGUUUCUGUAUUAGAUUCAUAUGGUGGGGCCAGUCAUGAAACUAUACUGUCAAUUCAGGUCAUGGAAGGAAACCUCGAAGAUAUCAUUGUAGAUGUGAUGGCACAUAUUGAAACAGGUGGAGGUGUGUUUGGUCAGCUGAAAACACAAGAUCCAUUACUUGCAGUCAGUUAUCUGGGCACGGUGGCUUCUUAUUUUGAAUUUGAAUCUAAUUCUACAGACGAUUAUUCGAGAGGAGAUGAACAAGAUAUAGCCACUGUGCAGCAGACCCGAUCUUCUCUUAUAAAUGCGUUAUUUGAUUUGGCAUCAGUAGAAUAUGUUUUCGAUUCACAAAGUGGGAUAGAACAAAUAGCUGGUGUUGUCGCCAGUGUGACGUCAUUCAGACAUCCAGAAGAGUUGACAUUGGACACACAGGCAAAAGCAGCAACAAUAGCCAUGAAAUCUGCACAUGCGCUGCUAGAAUCCGCAGAUGAAUCGAUAAAUUCAAUGGUUUUGGAUAUAGGGAAAGAAUUGAUAUUGGCAUCUAACAACAUUAUACUUGCGUCUCUAUAUAGUCGUGAGCUUAACACAGAUAUUGAUGAUGGGGACACGAUGCGAAUUACCAUAACCAAUGCCAUGAAUGCUCUGGAUGCAGUAUGUGAUGCAGCUUUGACCAUGGUUCUCCCCGGUGCAGGACCAACCGAGUAUGGUACAGAUAUCUUACACGUUGUGCUAUCUAAAAUUAGUCCGAAUGAUCUGAAUGGGCUUGCGUUUAAUUCAGAGGCCGGAGGCUUUCGCCUGCCUGAGAGUGAAAUGUUCGAUGACCUGGAAAGUACACCAGUUAGCACCAAGUUCUUAUCAAUGAGUAACAAUCCAUACAUUUCCACUGAGGAAGACCCCUUGGAUGAUUCUCCAAUCGUUGGAUUGGAGCUAAUACAUCAAAAUCAUCAGCUUGCUUUGAACGGCGGUCGCAUCUUAAUUGACGUUACCAAUAACAAUGAUGCCAAGACCACCAACGAAACAACGAAGGAACACCAGUAUGAGAUAUCGGAAGCACAUGAUCUAGUAUUCAGCUUUAAUCUGUCAGUGGGGCCAGGGUCCGUGGUGUUAAAAUUCUUACCAGAUUAUGAUGGACCAUUAAUUUACAAUAUUUACAUGGGUUUUGAGUUCAUGCCCACGGCCAUGACGUAUGAUGUCAAUAAAACGUUCAGUAGUCUACAACCGAAAGACGUUGUCCUGUCAACUGAGGAUGCUGGAGUAUACUACGUGUUGGUUGUGUUAGAGUUCACGACGUAUAAUAUUGAAAACGCGCUAAGCACCCUGGGAUUGAAUAACGAAACCAGUACUAAUGACGUAUUGCAAACCACUUCUACAAUGUUUACUGGCGGCCGUGGUGUGGACGAAUUAUCAAUAGAUGGUCACAAUGGUACUGUUAUUAUGCGUGUUGCGUUCUGUAGGUAUUGGAAUACAACUGAUGAGGAAUGGCAAUCCAAUGGGUGUUCGGUUGCGUCGUAUAUAACGAGUGACUCAAUCACAUGUUCCUGUAACCACCUCACCUCUUUCUCGGCUGCUGACUUCGUGGUGCCAGUCAAUAAGAUCGAUUUUAGUACAGUAUUUACGAAGAACAUCCUUGAUAAUUCUGUGGUCUUGAUAGUCAUACUAGCAUUCUUCUUGAUUUAUGUGAUAUUAACGAUAUAUAUGCGGAAGAAGGACAAGGACGAUUUGAUAAGGUGGACAGUGUGGCCGUUGGCUGGAAACAACCCUCGUGACAACUACAUAUACCAGCUCACUGUGUAUACGUCUAUGGUGCCAACAUCGGGUACUAAGUCGAAAAUUCAGUUCACGUUAACCGGGGAUGACGGAGAAUCUGGUGUCAGAGACCUGAUAGACAAAAAGAGUAGAGUUUGCUUUUCCAGUGGAAGUGUAGUGAGUCUGUAUCUAACUGUACCCAAAUCCCUUGGCGAAUUGCGAUAUAUACGUAUAUGGCAUGAUAACUCUCCAAAAGACAACGACGAUGCAUCAUGGUAUCUUAACAGGGUUGUAGUAUUUGAUCUUCAAAGUGAACGAAGAUUUGAUUUCACUUGUUACGAUUGGUUGGCAGUGGAUAAAUCUGAUGGCCAAAUACUUCGUCUACUGCCUGUUUCUGGAGACCUACAACUUUCAAGCUUUAAAAACAUCUUAUCCAAUAAAAUGCGAGAGGGCUUCAGUGAAGAUUAUAUGUGGGGAUCAGUAUGGCUUCGUCCAACUCCAAGUAACUUCACUAGAGUGCAACGACUUGGCUGCUGCAUUGUGUUCAUAUACCUCUCAAUGAUCACAAAUGCCAUGUUCUACGACACUGGCGGCGAGGGUGGCACCGCUGAACGUAUAUCCGAGACCAAAACGAUUUCUAUCGGGCCGUUUAGAUUUUCUCUUGGAACAAUCUAUAUUAGUUUGAUCUGUAGCUUGGUUUCGACGCCUCCAUCCGCCCUUAUACAGACUCUUUUUGAAAAGGCUAGACCUCGUGAAAGUAAAAACGAUUCAUCGUCAAACUCCGAUGGUGGCGAUGUACCAAGUAAGGAGAAGAAACAGGAAAAAGAUGAUAUGUGGCCUUGGUGGUGUGUGAUUUUCGCUUGGAUACUCGUCUUUGCCUCGAUUGUGAUCCCAGCAUUUUUCACUGUCUUGUACAGUUUACAGUGGGGGAAAGAGACAUCACUUCAGUGGCUGACAGCAGAGAUUACCUCAAUCGUAUUAUCUGCUUUCAUUGUAGAACCUUUGCAGGCAACAGCAUUGUCUAUGGCUAUAUCGGCUGUCUAUUCAAAACUCAAUAAGUCCUACUCUGAUGAACAGAAUCCAGAAGAAAAGGACACAUUAAAAAAAGAGGAACAUGAAGAAAACCAUCGCACCAAUGAAAUACAUAUAAAAGGAUCGCUAUCAAAUGAGGAACUGCAAAACGAAAGGGGACAGCGUCUAACGGAGCGACGUAUGAGCGCGGUGAUAGAAGACUUCGUAUUUUGUUUGAUAUUACUUCUCGUAAUUACCGUCAUUGCAUCAGCAUAUCGAAACAUUGAUUUGUACUAUGCUGGGCGGAAUAUACGAGAUACCCUGGCACCGCAACCAGACAAUGAUGUGACCACGCCAAGCAAAUAUUGGCAAUGGAUGUCAGAAACUGUCAUUGAAGCAAUAUUUCCAGACAGUUUAUACAACGGAAAACCGAUAUCAGAAAAGCAAGGGAGUCUUACUCUGUUUGGCAAUCUAGUGAGCUAUACCGUGGGCCCUGUUGUUUUACGCCAACUUAGGGUGACUGAAGGUGGCUGUUCUAUCCCACUGGAGAUAGAAGAUGCAGCGUAUAAAUGCCACGCUAAAUACUCACGCGACAAUGAAGACACGCGCGCGUACAAUGUAUCGUGGACAAGUUACAAAGAUACGAAUUUGACGCAACGUUCUCCUUGGAUACACAGUAAGAUCCUCGGACUGCCAGUGUCGAGUGUUGAUGUGACCAGCAGCGAUGGAACUGUUUACAACAACGAGGGAUACAUGGCGAUAUUCGGGCGGCCUGGCGAUGCGGCUAUGGAAUUAUCGAUGUCAUUGCAAUCAAGUGGAUGGAUUGAUCAACGAACAAGAGCAGUUUUCCUAGAGUUUAUCGUAUACAACGGCAAUGAAAAUAUUUUCAGUUUCGUGACUUACCUAACUGAAUUCAAAGAAUCUGGUAUUGUCCGCAAGAGUUGGAGAGUUGAUAGUGUCACGUGUCUAGGUCUUAACGGAUCGGUCACAAUAGCAUGUCACGUGAUAUUUUUGUUACUCGUAAUUUACGUCGUAUAUAGGUUGUGCAUACGUAUUUAUCACGGGGGUCUAACUUUCUUUACAAGUUUCUGGAAUUGGUGGUAUGUUGUCUUGGUCGUGUUUUUACUGGUGGUCGUCGAUAUUUUCUUCACGAGAAUGUCAACUGCUCACUUGGCACUAAACGAAAUUAAAGCCGGGCUAGAUGUGGUAAGAAGUACUAGAGAUGUUGACAUGUGUGCUGCCUUGGAAGAACGAUGUCAGCGUGUUGAUAAGUUGCUGCAACGCUUAGAGACACGUGUUAACAUAUUUGAGAUAUAUGUCAAUAACAUGAUACGUGAAAAUAUGUCCGCUGAUAAGGUCUCCAAAAGAAAGAUUUACAUGUCUUAA